AUGAAUGAUCCUGAAUUUGUCUUUAAUUAUAUUAAACAACAUGGUUAUGGAUUGGGUCAUGCAUCCAAGCAACUACGACAAGAUCGAGAUUUUGUAUUGAAAGCGGUUCAACAACAAUAUUCUGAUUUCCGAUUUGCGCAAGAUUUUCGUAACGACCAAGAAGUAGUACUGAAAGCUAUAACACAAGAACCAUAUGCAUUGAGAUAUUUUGCUUCGAUAGAACUUCAAAAAGACAAGGAAUUUGUGUUGAAAGCAGUUAGAUUGAACGGAGUAGCUCUUUGGUUUACAGAUACAUUUAAAAAUGACAUGGAAGUUGUGUUAACUGCCGUGAAACAAAAUAGCGAGAUGCUUGAGAAAUUGAGAGAUUCAAAUGUGACAACAAAAUUACAGAAAUCAACCACAGCAAGAAGGCACUCCGAUGUGCAUAAGAAUUUACUUCGAGAUCGUAGUUUCAUGCUUCAAUCUCUCAAAUUAACGGUUCCAGAAUUUGAGACGUUACAUUCUUUUGAUUAUUCAUCGAAAGACAUCAUGCUAAGAGUGGUUCAAGAAUUUGGAUUUUUACUUGAAUUUGUGUCAAGUGAACUCAAAAGUGAUCGAGAAAUAGUUUUGAAUGCAGUUAAAAAUGAUGGUAUUUCACUUCGAUUUGCAUCAGAAGAUUUGAGAAAUGACAAAGAAAUUGCAUUACUGGCUGUCAUGCAGGAUGCACUAGAAUAUGCACACGACGAACUGAAAAGUGACAAAGAAAUUGUGUUGGAAGCCGUCAAACAAGAUACAGAUGCUGUAUUAUAUGCUUCUGACAAACUUUUAAAAGACAAACAAUUCUUGUUACAAAUUGCAAAAUUCUGUGGUAACAUGUUUCUGGAACAUGUACCCAGAGAAAUUACAGACGACGCUGACUUUAUGUUGGAAAUAAUGGAGGAAAUCAAAAAUAGUGGAGUUGUUUCAGAGUAUAAUGAUGAAUUGUAUCAAGAAAGAAUGGAGCAAUGUUAUUAUGGAGCUUUUAUUGGAAAAUUUUGA